AGAAAACUGAGAGUAACCCUUUUGAGUGCUGAAUGGAAAACAUCAAGCAAUGGAGACUUGACAACCAUCAACAGAGAGCUAGCAAUACAGAUGGCUAAACAUCCCAAUGUGGAAGUCAGUGUCUUCUUACCUCAGUGUAGUGAAGAGGACAAGAGAGAUGCUGAUAGUUACAAUGUUAAACUCAUUGAAGCUGUUAAACUGCCUGGUUUUGAACCAGUUGAUUGGCUAGCCUCUGUACCUGAAGGCCAUGCUAUGGAUUCUGUUAUAGCGCAUGGAGUAGCUCUUGGUCGGCUAAUUCCACAUAUAAAGAAAAAUCCAAUCUACAGUCAUUGCAAAUGGAUUCAAGUUGUCCAUACUGCCCCUGAAGAAAUUGGCAUGUACAAAAGCAUUUCUGAAGGUCAACAAAUGCAGAAGACAGAAAUAGAACUAUGUGAAAUGGCUGAUCAAGUUGUAACAAUUGGCCCCAAGCUAACUGAUGCAUAUAAGCACCAACUCAGAAAACAAGAUGUUUUUAACCUGACACCAGGUAUUUUCACUGAAUAUUUAGAUGUGCAGCAAGCUAGCGAUGAAGGAAGAAAAUUUUGUGUCUUGGUAACUGAGAGUGGUGAUAGUGAAGAUUUUGAUGUCAAAGGAUAUGGCAUUGCAGCGAAAGCUAUUGCUAACCUAAAGGGUGAACCUUACCAACUCAAGUUUGCCUCCAAACAGAGAGGAAAGGAAGAUGAAUUAAAACGCAAGUUACUUCAGUGU